AGCCGCCGAUUUCCCCUUCCCUCCCCCCCCACCCCCUUAAACGCGGCGCGGCGCUCCUCGGCCAAGGGCGCAACCAUGAAGAAGCAAUUCAACCGCAUGCGGCAGCUCGCCAACCAGACCGUGGGCAGGGCUGAAAAAACAGAAGUUCUGAGUGACGACCUCUUGCAGGUGGAGAAGCGCUUGGAGCUGGUGAAGCAAGUCUCCCACAGCACUCACAAAAAGCUGACCGCGUGUCUGCAGGGGCAGCAAGGAUCGGAUUCUGACAAGCGCUCGAAGAAAUUACCUUUGACGUCACUUGCCCAGUGCUUGAUGGAAGGUUCUGCCAUUCUAGGGGACGACUCCCUGCUUGGGAAGAUGCUGACAUUAUGUGGGGAAGCAGAGGACAAGCUAGCCCAAGAGCUCAUCCACUUCGAGCUGCAAGUUGAAAGGGAUGUGAUUGAACCUCUGUUUGUGUUGGCUGAGGUAGAAAUCCCAAAUAUUCAAAAACAAAGGAAGCACUUAGCAAAAUUAGUUCUGGACAUGGAUUCUUCAAAAACAAGGUGGCAGCAGUCGGCCAAGUCAUCGGGUUUGUCGAGCAACUUGCAGCCUUCAGGUGCCAAAGCGGACGCUCUCAGGGAAGAGAUGGAGGAGGCAGCAAACAGAGUGGAGAUUUGCAGGGAUCAGCUGUCAGCUGACAUGUACAAUUUUGUGGCCAAAGAGAUAGACUAUGCAAAUUAUUUUCAGACUUUAAUAGAAGUGCAAGCUGAGUACCACAGGAAGUCAUUAGCACUUUUACAGAAUGUGAUGCCUCAGAUUAAAGCGCAGCAAGAAGCGUGGAUUGAAAAGCCCUCGUUUGGGAAACCCUUGGAGGAGCACCUAACAAUUAGCGGCCGAGAGAUUGCCUUCCCCAUCGAAGCGUGCGUCACCAUGCUCCUGGAGUGCGGCAUGCAGGAGGAGGGCCUGUUCCGGGUAGCUCCCUCAGCCUCCAAGCUCAAGAAGCUUAAGGCCGCCCUUGACUGCUGUGUUGUAGAUGUUCAGGAAUACUCGGCAGACCCUCAUGCCAUUGCAGGGGCGCUGAAGUCCUAUCUCCGGGAGCUGCCAGAACCACUCAUGACAUUUGAACUCUAUGAAGAAUGGAUUCAAGCAUCCAACAUUCAGGACCAAGACAAGAGGAUGCAGGCCCUUUGGAAUGCCCUGGAGAAAUUGCCUAAGGCCAGCUUCAACAAUCUAAGAUACUUGAUCAAGUUCCUUGCAAAGUUAACAGAAUACCAGGAUGCCAACAAAAUGACACCAAGCAACAUAGCCAUUGUCCUGGGGCCCAACCUUCUGUGGCCUCAGACAGAAGGAAACAUCACAGAGAUGAUGGCAACUGUCUCCCUGCAAAUUGUCGCAAUUAUUGAGCCCCUUAUUCAGCAUGCAGAUUGGUUCUUUCCAGGAGACAUUGAAUUCAAUUUGACUGGGAAUUACGGAAGUCCUGUGCACGUGAACCACAACGCCAAUUACAAUUCCAUGCCGUCCCCUGAUAUGGACCAUGCUGACCGCAAGCAUCCUGAUCAGACCAGGCGACCGCUCAGCGUGGCUACGGACAACAUGAUGCUGGAGUUCUACAAGAAGGAUGGCCUUAGGAAAAUCCAAAGCAUGGGCGUCCGGGUGAUGGACACCUCUUGGGUGGCUCGCAGAGGCACCUCCGUAGUCCGUAAGGCCUCCUCCACCCCUCCUGCCAUGCAGCCCCCUGCUCCGCCUUCUGAUCUUGCGGCUACUCCUCAGUCACCAAUUCCUGAGCAAUCUCUUGACAUUUCAGCUACUCCCUCCCCUACUCCAACUAGCUUCGGUUUCCCACCAGGGGCUGAACGGGCAAGCACGGAUGGUGGUGUGUCGUCUAGUUGGUCGGAUUGCUGUUACAUCUACCCAUCCCCUGAGGACGACAAGCCUCCCCCAUACCCCUGCUACCCAUCCUUCCACCACUUCCACUCCAAGAUGGGCGCAUGCACUAGGCCUGAGCCUCCCUUGCCACUGUAUCGGUGGUCAGGAUACAGCCAAACUCUGCCCCCCGCUUCUACCUCCUCCUCCUCUUCCUCUCCCUCCCCUCAGCAACUGGACAUUAACUCUAACCCUAAACCAUAUUUCUUGCACCUCCCUAAGCAGAGCUCCCUCACAGAGAUGCAUGGUCCUGAGACUAACCUCUCCUCUGUUCACAUGAAAACCUCCCUUACCUUAUCCAAACCCGAUCCUCCUGGCACUCUUUACAGCCCCCAUGUGUCAGUCUCUCCCCCCUGGGUCAGCUGCACCUGUGCCAGAGACAGAGGAGCCGGGCUCACUAGUGUGGUAAAAACUAAAGAGCUUUCCCCCGUGUCUGGGCAGAAAGGCAGCCCAGCUUGCGGUCAUAUGACGCCGUGUGGGACUGCCCAGCCGCCGCCUGGUCUCAUGCAGCAGCUGUCUACAGAGCAGAGCCCACACACUCUGCGGAAAGUUUCAAAGAAGCUGGCCCCAAUCCCUGCCAAGGUUCCUUAUGUCCAGUCAGGUGGCCUGCCCGACCAGUCCCCGGGGCAGCCUUCCCCCGCCAGCCUUUCUCCCACCCCACCGAGCACCCCUUCUCCUUACGGACUAAGUUACCCGCAAGGCUACUCCUUGGGCUCGGGCCCCCUCUCCCCAGCUGCCGCUCCUUCUCUGUCUUCUCCUCCUUCCCUGACAAGCACUUUAACUAAAUCGCGACCCACCCCCAAGCCGCGGCAGAGGCCCACGCUGCCACCUCCGCAGCCUCCCACAUCAAACGCGUCUGGCUCCAGUCCACAGUCCGUGGAGCACACCAUUCUAGACGGCAUGUCCCCCGGGGAGAGCAUGUCUACAGAUCUUGCCCACCUUGAUAUCCCGUCCAUCCAUGUAGAGGUUGAUGCCACGCUGCACCUGGACCCAGUGGGACAAGUCCAGAGACACCCGGUACCAGGAAAAAUCAAUUCAGAGGAAGAUUCAGAAAGCACCGCCCUAUGACACAAAUUCCCCUGUCAUGGAGCUUGUUCUCUUGUACAUAUCGGUUCCCCAUGAACACUGCUGAAGGAGAUGUUUCCAGAGACCUUGUCGAGGGGUGUCUACAGGAGUUCUGCUUGUUGGCCACUUGUGCAAGACUGACAGCCCCUGGGGGCCUGGUGCUAAGCCUGUCUCUGUGGCAAAGGGCGUUGCUGGUGCAAUUUCCAUUUAAUUUAUUUUUUUUCUCCUGUUUGUUUAGCCUUAUCCAAACUUUGCCUUUUUGACGUGGUGCCUAUUUAUCCCCCUUAAAAGCUUUCAG